AUGGCACAGCUCGCGCUGGCGCAGAUGGCCACCGGGCUGGUCGAUGAGGAAGAGGAGUUCCCUGAGCCGGUGGCCGACCAGAACUUGAACCGAAGGAAGGUCUUAGAUCUGCAGCAUGAGAUCAACCAGCUGCAGAAGUUGUCACUGAAGCAUCAUGAGGCGGUGACACAUCUGGAAACUGGGCUCAAAACGAUGAUCUCAGAGGUGCAUCUUCGACGCGCCCUGGGCUUGGCCUUUCAGGAGUUUGAGAAUCGGAUCGAGGAUGCUUUUCAAGACUCCAAUCGAAAGUGCCUCUCCAUGUUCUCCAAGAGAGAAGAUGUGAUUGAGCUUCAAACGCUCGUCACAAAGAAGGUGAACUGGGCAGAAUACAACGCCGUGUUGAAGAAGCUCGCAGAUCUUCGGCAAUACGUCGAUGGCAUGGCGGAAACGGUCUUCAUCGGGCAGAGAGAAGCCUUAGAAUCAGAAUUUGCCAAGAAGGCCAACGCGGACUGGGUCGAGAAGGCCCUCGGCGAGAAGGCCGAGUUCACCGACCUCAACGACGUCCGCGCGCGCCUCGAGAGGUUGGAGGUGCUCGUGGCUCACAAUGACCAGAAGCACUCCUCCAAGCUCCAGGCCAUGCGGGAAGAAACCGCCGCCAAGAACGAUGAGAUAUAUCAGAACCUGGAGAUUGAGUCCUCAGGGAGCCAAACUAAUCGCGCACCCUUCGCAGAUGAUCGAUGUAGGGCCCACUGGCUGCCAUGUCAGCUUCUCAAGGGAGUGCGGCAGCAUGCGCUGAUGAAAGAGGCCAAUGGGACAAUGACCUCCAACAAGCAGAGCGUCCAAGACAUGAAGACGAUGAUCGAACGUCAUGAGGCACGGUUGAAGCAGACCGAUUCCUCUCUCUUGGAGAUGAGCAAAGCGCAGCAAGAGAUGGCACAGCUGGCUGGCAAGACCUUGCUGCCGCGGAUAGAGCAAAUGGAAGACUGGCUUCAGAGGAAAGAUCAGGCCAGGGAUGAGCUACUGAGACAACUGGAAGGUCAAGCUGAUGAACUGAAAGGAGCUGUUUCGGUCGUGGAGAUGGGGAGGCAAGGCGAACAGUUUCGAGAACAGCUGGAGUUCCUGAUGCAAGCCACGGAGAUGUUGAAGCGCCGCUUGCGGGAGAUGAGCAAGCAUCAGAAUGGGAAGAUGAAGGAAAUCAGUGACGACCAAGGCAGACAAGUUCAACAACUGGCUGCUCUGGAGAGAGUGAUGAAGAGGCAAGACCGGGAAACCCGUGCUGAGCUCCGCUCGAUGACGGCCACGGGCGACUCCUGGCGCGCCCCCACCGGCGGAGGGCACGGGCUGCCCAUGCUGCCGGCCGAGGAGGAUCCCAAUGUGCGGCUCACUGGAGUGCUCCAGCAACUACAAAAGAUUGCUGGAGGCGGUUUCUCUGAGCAGAGCACGCACGUGGGCUCCUUCUUCCCCAGCCGAGGGGCGGCCACCGACGACUGGGGCGAUGCUGCCGACAGUCUGGGGCGACCUACGCCAGCGAUGGCGGCCACCAGUGGGGUGCGUGGAAUGUAUGGCCUGAGCCCGAGAUCCGCGUGGCCCGAACGCGCGGAGAAGGUGCCCUUGCGCCAGGCCGGCUAUGCAGCAGCCCACUUGACCCUGCUAGGGGUUGGGCUUUAUGUGGAUGUUGCGCUGACACAGUGGAAUGGUGUCUUUUGGACUGCUCUCCAGAACCACCAGUCCAAGCAGUUCUACCGCCUCCUUUGGGACUUCGUGAUCAUCACCGGAGUGACGGGCUUCGUUGGCACCUAUAACGACUACCUCAGCGGAAUGUGGCACCUGCACGCACGUGACCACCUCACACGGCACUUCAAUCAGCUUUGGGUGAGCAAUGGCGCCAUGUGCAUGAUGCGACAGAGCUCCAUACAGGUGGACAAUCCUGACCAACGCAUCGACCGGGACGUGGACGAAUUUGUAGGAUCGACACGGGAGCUUUUCUUCGGAGGCUUAGGAUCCAUUGUGAGGCUGGGCAUUUACUUUCCCAUCCUGUUGAGAUCGGCUCCAGCUCCACUGUUGGGCUUCGUCUUGGUGUGGCCCAUCUUUGGCGCCUUGAUGACGCACGGCCUGGGCCGACGCUUGAUCCCCUUGUCCUUGGCCGGAGAGUCCGCCAACGCCGACUUCCGCUCGGAGCUGGUCUUCGCGCGCGAGAAGGCGGACUCCUUAGCCUUGAUGGGCGCUGGGCCUCAUUUGGCGGAGAAUCUUCAGGAACGCUUUGAGGUCAUGAAGCGCGUGGCCUAUGCGGAGUUCGAUGUCACCAAGUUCCUGAAUUUCUUCAAGAUGAUGUAUGAAGAAUAUGGCACGGUGGUGCCCUUCGUCCUGUUGGCCCCGGCGUACUUUUCGGGCGCCUUAGACCUGGGAAAGCUCAUGCAGCUCCGCAUGAUCGUGGAGCGUGUGUCCCAGAGUUUGACCUUUCCAGUGGCAGCUUAUGAGCAGGCUGUCGGUUGGCGCGUGGCGGCCAACCGCUUGGCCGCCUUGGCAGCCGCCACGUCCGCGGUGGCGCCGCCUUCUUCGGAUUCCCCGUCCGCGCCGGGGCUGGGGAGUCCGUCGGUCCUGCGUGUGGAGGGUGUCGACUUGAAGACGCCCCAGGGGAGGCUCCUUCUGGAGAAUGUGAAUCUCGAAGUAUCUCCUGGAGAGCGGCUGCUGCUGGUGCUUCCAGCCUCUGGCGGGAAGUCCUUGCCAUUUGGCCCAGAGUCGGCCAUGAGGCAAGAGAACGGAGGUGAGGCGCCGUCCCGAAGAAAAGGAAGAGGAACAUCACCCAUCGUUCCUCACAGAAAGGUUCAAUAUCAGGUAUUAUUUCUAAAAUCAGCCUCUUUAUGUGUGUGGUGUAUGGACUAUAGCCACACCAUGCUAGGCCUAUGUUGGAGUCUAUGUUGGAACCCAUGUUGGAACCCUUGGCCUUGA